AUGAAUUCAGGUCGCGUUUUCUCGAAACGUGAGUCGGGUGGUAAAUUGAUAUUCUACGAUUUGCAUGGCGAAGGAAGCCAAGUUCAGAUAUUAGCGAAUGCGAGAUAUCACAAAGGAGAUUUGUCAUUCAGUGAUCUUCAUGAACGUAUUAAACGUGGUGAUAUUAUUGGAGUUAGAGGAUAUCCGUCCAGAUCGAAGAGUGGAGAAUUGAGCAUUGUACCAGUUGAGGUGGGCUAUUAA